GAGGGCGGAGGAUAAAAGCAGCUUCGACUGCCUAGAAAACCGUGCUGCGUCGUCUGGGCUACCCAAAACUGAGCGGCUUUGCGAAGCGUUUCCACCUGGCAACCUCGGGUCGCUUAGCGGUCGAGUCGACCCCCGUUGUUUUUCCUGUAUAGGGGCUGCGGAGACCAGGAGGAGGAAUCCAUAGCUGUCGGCGCCAGAGCAUCCGCUGUCCACCAGCGGAGCCUAGCCCCUCAAAGCCGAACCUGAACUUGAAUUCCAUGCAGCUGAUUGUAGAGCUGGUCUUGAUGCCCUGAGCACCCGGAUCUGCGACUCUCUGUGGACCCAGCCCGACCAUAGGAGGAGGCGAGCUUUCUCUCCGAGGGCACCAGUUGCAGAGACUGGAAGUAAAAUAAAGGCGCACUCGUAUUUCUGAACUUGUGAGGAAGAUUGAGCCUGCUGCUGCACACCUGCUGAUUACGCCUUUGUUUUUCCUGAAAAGCCUGAGCACCUUGUUGUAUUCAGAUACUCAGAUACCCUAUCGACAGCAGGUGGCAUGGCUGGCAUCCUUGCCUGUGUGCGUAAUAGCCGGAGGCAAAAUACAGCCUUGCCGCCUUGGGCCCAUUCCAUGCUGAGGUCCCUGAGGAGGAGUCUUGGUCCUUUGAUGGCCAACUUGCUAGAGAGAAACUUGAAACUGUUCUCUGGGAGGUCAGUGCCAGCCUACGGGGAAGAAACCUUUGAAAAUUGGCUGAUCCAAGUCAAUGGGAUCCUGCCAGAUUGGAAUAUAUCUGAGGAGGAAAAGCUCAAACGCUUGAUGAAAACCCUUAGGGGCCCUGCCCGGGAGGUCAUGCGUUUGCUGCAGGCUGCCAACCCCAACCUAAGUGUGGCUGAAUUUUUGCGGACAAUGAAACUGGUGUUUGGGGAGUCUGAGAGCAGUGUGACUGCCCACAGCAAAUUUUUUAACACCCUGCAGGCACAAGGGGAGAAAGCCUCCCUUUACGUGAUCCGUUUAGAGGUGCAGCUCCAGAAUGCUAUUCAGGCAGGCAUCCUAGCUGAGAAGGAUGCAAACCAGACUCGCCUGCACCAGCUCCUGGUAGGGGCUGAGCUGAAUAGGGGCCUGCACUUCAAGCUUCAGCAGCUUCUCAGGUUAUAUGCAAAUGAGCAGGAUCAGCUUCCCAAUUUCCUGGAAUUAAUCAGGAUGGUAAGGGAGGAAGACGAUUCGGAUGACAGUUUCAUUAAGCGGAAGCGGCCCAAAAGAUCUGAGUCAAUGUUGGAGAGAGCAACAGGCUCUGUGGCAUUUCAAGGCUCCCUACCAAUGGCUACUGGCAGUGCUGACUGCAACGUGAUAGAAAUAGAUGAUACCCUCGAUGACUCAGAUGAGGAUGUGAUCCUGGUGGAGUCUGAGGACCCUCCACUGUCAUCCUCUGAUGCCCCACUACUGAGUGAAAGGGCCAGAUCUGGGGACCAUGUGCUGGUCGUUGAUUCUCCCAACAGUGCCAGGGUUCAGUCUCUUUCAGCCAGUGCUGGUUCUGGGCAUAUGAAUAAUGGUCCUGGGGAUAUGUGUAGAGCUAGGAAACGAAAACAUACAAUGUACUGUUCCUGUUGUGGGGAGGAGGGCCAUUCAAAAGAAAUCUGUGACAGUGAGAAUAACAAGGCCCAGGUGUUUGAGAAUCUGAUCAUCACCCUGCAGGAGCUGACACAUACAGAGGAGGAGGGGUCCAGAGCAGCCCCUCAUGAAUCAAGUGACCCCUCUGAGCCACAGUAAGGUACUAACCCUCAGCCUUCAAUGAACCCCUUCCCUAUAUUCAGAGUUCAGUGAUGGUAAACUGGGACAGGGGGAUUUCUAAUUGCAUGAAUUAAUCUGCAAAACAGCUUUCUUUUGGGGUAGAGGAGAAAGGGUCUGGAGAAGAACGAAUCUGGCAUACUGGUAUGGUGGAAGGAAAAGGACUCACCCAUGUCCUUUGUCUCUCUCCCCACUGCCUAGCAGUCUAUUUUCUGUGUGUGUGCCCAUUUCCUUGAUGACUUUAUUGUUUUUGUGAAGGUGUUAUAUAAUUCACUGUUAAAUCUUCAAAUAUGAAAGAAAAGUACAAAAAGUAAAGUACAAAUUACCCAAAACUCUCCAUGCUCAUGUAACUAUUGUCAGCCCUUUGGUGAAUAUUCUAGAUUUUUCCCUUUAUCUGU